CAAUGUGUGACUUGCGCAGUAAGGCGCCAAGGAUGCACGCAAUGGCUGGAGACGGGUUAGAGUUGCUGAGCCUAGUGGAGGAAUUUGUUGUCGGCCAGCAGGACAGUAAAGCCGAGGAUAUAGCCACAGGAGUAACCACUGGGCAGUUUACUAUAUUGAAGCUGGUGGAAGGACUUGGCUCUGCAUUAACAAGUUGUGAACCUCGUACCAGAGGCCGAGGUGUUCAGUUGCUGUCUAGUGUGAUUCAGCAAUGUUAUGCUAAUCUACAGGAGGAAGAAGUUCAAGUUCUUACAAAAUUUUAUGAGAACAGGUUAAAAGAUCAUUAUAUCAUCACACCACAUGUUUUACAAGGGCUUAAGUCUUUGACAAUGUCCACAGCAUUGCCUUCUGGCCUUGCAGUCUCCAUUCUGGGAUCUCUGUUUCAAGAUAUCCAUGUACAGUCACUGAUGCAGGCCGAACGUUUCUGUGUUUAUAGCAUCUUACUCAACUUAAUGGAUUCUUGUGAAGAAGAGCUAAAGGGUCUUGGUGCCAAUUUUGUGUUUGGCUUUAUCCAGGCAGUGGAUGGAGAGAAGGACCCUCGAAAUCUUUUGCUGUCUUUCCAAAUAGCACAAAAUAUUAUCAACAGGAAAUAUGAGCUAGGAACAUUUACUGAGGAGCUUUUUGAAGUGACAUCCUGCUAUUUUCCUAUUGACUUUAACCCACCUCCUAAUGAUCCCCAUGGAAUUACACAGAAAGAUCUUGUUUUGAGUUUAAGAGCAGUUUUAUCUGGCACUCCUCAGUUUGCAGAAUUUUUGCUGCCUCUACUGAUUGAGAAACUUGAUUCAGAUAUUCAGAGUGCCAAGCUUGAUGCUCUUCAAACAUUGACUGCAUGUGUUGCAAGCUAUGGACAUAAGGAGCUUAAGGAAUUUCUUCCUAGUCUAUGGUCAUCAAUCCGCAGAGAGGUAUUCCAGACAGCGAGUGAGAAAGUAGAAAGUGCUGGACUGUCUGCCCUACAUGGCCUUACUGCCUGCCUUUCUCGGUCUGUCCUUACUUGUGACUCUGAAGAUUCUCUUGAGACGUUUCUUAAUUUAAUUGUAAAAGAUUGUCAGCACCACCUGUGUGAGCCAGACCUAAAAUUGGUUUGGCCUAGUGCUAAGCUCCUUCAAGCAGCUGCUAGUUCCUCUUUCAGAGCAAGUUGUACAAUUAGCAGAGUGGUAGUUCCUUUACUUCUAGAGCAGUACAACAACCAUGUUCAGAGCACACAGCGACGUACUCUUUUGGAGGUGUUGCAGAAGUUCAUCCAUUCAGCAAAAAGGAGCCCUGUGGAAGAGGGUGGUGAAAGUUCCCUAGCUGAAUAUCGUCAGUCUCUUUGCUCUGUAGUAUUCUGUGCUCUUUCAGACUCCAGCUCAGCUUUGCAGACUUCGGGGCUUAGGACAUUAAUGGCUAUUGGGAACCAUCCUGGCUUGCUGUUUGGCACAGAUAUUGAGUUGGCGGUUGAUCACUUGAGCAAGUUCAUUCUGGAGGAUGUUGACCAUGAAACCAGUUUAGUAGCAAUGGAAGCCUCUGGAUCUUUAGCUUGCCUACAUACUACUGCAUUUUGCUCCAGGAUGGUCCCAGCCUUAAAGGAGAAGAUUAUUUCUGAUUGUCUAGGUGGUAGUGGGGAAACGCCACCUGCAAAAUCUCAACAAGCUUUAUUUCUGCGUAUUGUAAGAGCUCUAGCAGCAAUAUCAACUCAUCCCAACCUUGUCCGGGAGACAGUACCAAUUCUAUUACAAGUCUUAAGUGCCUCUCACACAGGGAAUGUUCAAAUCCGGCAGGAGGAUGUAGUUUCUGUUUGCCAAAACCUGCAGUGUAUUGUGGAACUUGCUCAAGGCAGUGAGGAGAGUGCAUGUUAUUUCCAUGAAACUGUCAUCCCAUAUGUGUUAGGACUUUCAUUACAGGCAGCGUUCCACAAAGAAAGGACAUUGAGCCCCUUAAGAGACGAAAAAGUUCUGUCUGCCCUUGUCCCAGUUUUUAGUGCUGCCAGUGGAUGCUCACAACACAUGUUAGCUGCUCAAACUGCUAGUCAGAUUUUGAUGCUCUUUCUAGUUGGUGAUGCAACAUUUUUGCCAGAAAAUAAUGUCCCCCAAAAUGUUAACCUGCUGAAGAGCUAUUCUGAUAACAGUGCGCAGACUCAGCUAGUCUGUCUUCUAAUGGGUUGUGUUUGUUCAUUGCCUAUUAAUGUGGAACUGCCCAUGCUUGACCAGCUCCUAACUGAAUUAGAAGAGUUGAGCUGUACAUGUCCUCAUCCUUUUACUUACACAUCGGCUGCAAAAUGCUUUGCUGGAUUGGUAAACAAAUAUCCUUCAGGACAGAAGCUGGACCAACUUUUGGAGAAUACAUUAACAAGGAUUGACACUAUUUUGACUAGCACAGAACCUUCAGGUUCCUCAAACCAAAAACAGGCUUUUACCUUUCUGCUAUGGUUGACAAAGGCCCUUCUUCUUAGGUACCAUCCACUCUCAGCACCACUGACUGACAAGCUGCUCUGUCUGUUGGUGGACCCUUCUCUUGGCACCUUGGCAGCAGAUGGCUUUGCCUUAUUAAUGAAUGAUCCUCCUGACGUUCUGAAUAAAGCUUGUCAUGCUGAUGUACGAAUGAUGUACCGCCAGAGGUUCUUUACUGAGACAGCACCUAAGCUGGUUCAGGGAUUUAACUCAUCCCCUAAAGAAAUGAAAUCCAGCUACCUGAAGGCCCUGUCUCACAUCCUAAAUUGCCUACCCAAGCAGGUUCUGAUUAGUGAGCUUCCCUCACUACUCCCACUCCUGCUGGAGGGUGUUUCCUGUCCAGAUAGUGAAGUUCAAUUUUCCACAUUAUCCUGCCUGCAUCCGCUCCUCCUCGAUACACCACAAGUUUUAACAUUACAUCUGGAGACCCUCAUCACCAAACUACUUGGGCUAACCAGUAGUGCAGCAAUGAAGAUUCGAAUAAUGUCACUGAGAUGUCUACACGCAUUGACACAGCUUCCCCUGCAUGUUAUCCUGCCAUUUCGCUCAAAAACGCUGCGUGCAUUGGCUGUGCCACUUGAUGACAAGAAGAGACUGGUACGGAAAGAGGCAGUACUGGCAAGAGGAGAGUGGUUCCUGCUUGGAGGUCCUGGGAAGUGAACUGUUAUCUGUUUGACUAACAGAGACAAUCUAACAGGAUGUGUUCUAGAAUUUUAGAGUCUCCUUUAUUUUUUACCCCAGCCUGGAAUCUCUCACUACUUACAUGUAGGGCUCUAACACAAAACCAUCCUCGACCUGAAGCCUUUAACUCAUUUUUUGGGAAAAAAUUAAUGCACUCGGU